GAAAAGAGACAACAACAUCAGAACAGAUCAACAACAAAAGAUCUGAGCUGAGGCUGAGCUGAAGCGUUCCUCUUGCUGAUGCUGUGUCCGAAAUGUUUAUUAUCAGUUUAAUUGGCGUUUGUUGUGUUUUAAAACAUUUGCUCAAUGUUCAAGAAAAACUCUGUAGUAUUUUAAAUGUGUGAUUAGUUGUAUUGAUGAAUAAUUUACAUGUAGUGUUUGACAAAAAGGCACUCAGCCUUAUGAGUCCUUGUUGGACUAUUGGAAUUGUGCAGUUUGAUGGUUUAUGAUGUCGCAUGCUCUUUACAAAUAUCAAAAGUCGCGGUCAGGAUAUGACAGCAGUUGCAGUGAAUUGGAUGAAUUGUCGGAUGAAUCUGAGAGCCAAACUUCGUCCAGAGCCCGAUUGACGGGCGGCGACUCCAGCCGCAAUCAGCAGGCUUUCAAGGGCCGUUGGAGUAAAGAAGAGGAUAACAAACUAAAGCAGCUGGUUGAAGAGUAUCAGGAGCGAUGGGACAUUAUCUCGAGUCUUUUCCCACACAGGACAGAUGUGCAAUGCCAACAAAGGUGGCAAAAAGUAGUCAACCCGGACCUUGUCAAAGGACCAUGGACCAAAGAGGAGGACAAUACAGUGGUAGAGCUGGUGGAGAGGUACGGACCAAAGAAGUGGACGCUGAUAGCGCGGCACCUGAAGGGUCGCAUUGGCAAGCAGUGUCGCGAACGCUGGCACAACCACCUCAACCCAAACAUCAAGAAGACGGCCUGGACAGAUGAUGAGGACAAAAUCAUCUAUCAGGCACAUCGGCAAUGGGGCAACCAGUGGGCAAAAAUCGCCAAACUUCUACCUGGCAGGACUGACAACGCGAUCAAGAACCAUUGGAACUCGACGAUGCGUCGCAAGUACGACCCGGAUGAGAAGUACGGGGCGGAGAGCGGAGUGACGGGUGGCAGCGGACGCGGCAGGGGCAAGAGCAGUCGCGCGGCCAAAGCGGCUGCAGCCGCGGCAGCUCAGCUGCAACAGCAGCAGCAGCUGGCAGCGAUUUGUGUCGCUGAGGGCGAGGGAACCUGGUACAUUACACGGCAAUCAGGACCCAAGAAGUUGGCUCCGAAACCGGCGCCGGUCCUUACGAAUGUGACUUAUCAAACUAAUGUGAUGGAGUCGCCUCCCAGACCGGCCACCGUUCCGCUGCCGUCCCCCUCGCGGCGACUCAUCUCGCUGCGGUCGACCGACAUGGAGAGUGCGACCAGCGACUCGGUGUCGCCGGUCAAGGUCACCGACCGGCCGUUCGCCGUCAACCUGGAUUCGCCCGACGCCAAACUCAAUUCGGCGUGCACGAUCUCGAACGGCAGCGAGGAGCAGUUGCGACGCUGCAGACGACACCGGUCGCCGUCAGUCAGUACGGACGAGUCGCGGGACUGGAUGGACCGACUGCAGACCAGUCCGCUCAAGGACACACCGAUCAAACACCUUCCCUUCAGUCCGUCGCAGUUCCUCAACACACCUGAGCUGUCGUUCGAUGUCGGUUGUCUCGCGUCGACACCCGUCAAGCAGCACAACGUCAAGGAGGAAAGGGUGAGUCAGGAUGACGAUGAGCUCGUGACGCCCGAGUCGCUGCCGACACAUCGUCAUGCGCAUGCGCGUCACAGUGGUCUGGGCUCCACGCCUCCACGCACGCCCACGCCCUUCAAACACGCGCUGGCCGAAAUGGAGAAGAAACGAGGCGCUGUCAAAUAUCAGCCUCAAACACCAACAAGGCUGGUGGAGGACAUCACCGAACUAAUAAAGAAGGAGCAAGAACUCUCCGAAUAUGAAACUGAUACCUCCAGUUUACUUCAUCAUGAACAGUCUUACGACAGCGGUUAUGUGUCGGUGAAGAGAAAAGGAUCGAUGCUAUCUAGCUAUGGAAAAGAGAACAAUGUAACGCACAAACGAGUGCGCAAGUCACUGGCACCAACGUGGAGCACACCGGCUGCGAUAUCGUCUCCUGCGCUCGACAUUUCCUACGCCGAAACACCUAGUAAAGGUGUUUCAAUGGCCGAUUCAUUGCCUUUUUCGCCGCCUUCCAUUAUCAAAGAUAUGCUGGAUCCUUUGUCAAGUCCAGGUGCCGAUUUUUCUCCAAAGAAGGGCUCCCCGCUGGUUGGACCAUCCACAUCCAGAGCAGCCUACGAUGAUGAUGACUCAUCUUCACCCUCAUCAUCAUCAUCAUCAUCACCACCACCCUCAUCAUUCGGCCAGCGUCGCUACGGAUACCACCCCCACCACCAGUCAACCACUCGAUCAGCUUCCAGCGUCAAACGCACUCUUUUCUUCGGAGAACCUCCUCUACCAGCCACGCCAAAGUCCAAGUUGGAUGUAACGUGGGAGAUUGUCGCCUGCGGACGAACCAAGGAUCAACUAGAAUUGACAGAAAUGGCUCGCCGGAUUCUCAGUACGUGAUGAUGUGAUCAUGCCUACAAUUUGUAAAAUUCCACUUGGCUGUGCAGGUUUAUCAAUGAUCUUCGAAACUAUACUACUUCAAAACUUCUGAUCCACCGUUAACGUUCGUUCAGGUGUGCGUCUCAUGAGCAGCAAUUCCAUUGAACUACACGUUUCUUCAGAAACUCCAAUCUUGGACUUUGAAUUUUUGUAUAACUUUUACAUUGUAAUAUAUUGUAUAAGUGACCGGACAUCAAACGAGCCGCUAUGAAUAUUACUGACUACGAUCCCAACAAA